AGGAAGAGCUGCCCCGCCGGGGAGGGCAGCCGGGCGAGGCCAGAGGUGGCGGGAGGAGACCGCAGAAAAGGUGUCAGAUAAAGGAGGACUCCCUUCCGCUCUGGAGGUAUCAUGGCCGCUAAGUCAGACGGGAGGCUGAAAAUGAAGAAGAGCAGCGACGUGGCGUUCACCCCGCUGCAGAACUCGGACCACUCGGGCUCGGUGCAAGGAUUAGCGCCAGGUUUGCCGUCUGGAUCAGGAGCCGAGGACGAGGAGGCGGCCGGGGGCGGCUGCUGCCCGGAUGGCAGCGGUUGCUCGCGCUGCUGCUGCUGUUGCGCGGGGAGCGGCGGUUCCGGCGGCUCCGGCGGCCCGGGCGGCCCGGGCGGCGGGGCAGGCUCGGCGGCGCUGUGCCUGCGCCUGGGCAGGGAGCAGCGGCGCUACUCGCUGUGGGAUUGCCUCUGGAUCCUGGCUGCCGUGGCCGUGUACUUCGCGGACGUGGGCACGGACAUCUGGCUGGCCGUGGACUACUACUUGCGCGGCCAGCGCUGGUGGUUCGGGCUCACGCUCUUCUUCGUGGUGCUGGGCUCCCUUUCUGUGCAAGUGUUCAGCUUCCGCUGGUUCGUGCAUGAUUUCAGCACCGAGGACAGCGCCACGACCUCUGCCUCCAGCUGCCAGCAGCCAGGAGCUGAUUGCAAGACAGUGGUCGGUGGAGGGUCUGCAGCGGGGGAGGGCGAGGCUCGUCCUUCCACGCCGCAAAGGCAAGCAUCCAACGCCAGCAAGAGCAACAUCGCCGCCACCAACAGCGGCAGCAACAGCAGCGGGGCCACCAGGGCUAGCGGCAAACACAGGUCUGCGUCCUGCUCCUUCUGCAUCUGGCUCCUGCAGUCACUCAUCCACAUCUUGCAGCUCGGGCAAAUCUGGAGAUAUUUCCACACAAUAUACUUAGGUAUUCGGAGCCGGCAGAGUGGGGAGAAUGACAGAUGGAGGUUUUACUGGAAAAUGGUGUAUGAGUAUGCCGAUGUGAGUAUGCUGCACUUGCUAGCCACCUUUCUGGAAAGUGCUCCACAGCUGGUCCUGCAGCUCUGCAUUAUCGUACAGACUCAUAGCUUACAGGCCCUCCAAGGUUUCACAGCAGCAGCCUCCCUUGUGUCCUUGGCUUGGGCCCUGGCCUCCUACCAGAAGGCCUUGAGGGACUCUCGGGAUGACAAAAAGCCCAUCAGCUACAUGGCCGUCAUCAUCCAGUUCUGCUGGCACUUCUUCACCAUCGCUGCCAGGGUCAUCACGUUUGCCCUCUUUGCCUCUGUUUUCCAGCUGUACUUUGGGAUCUUCAUUGUCCUCCACUGGUGCAUCAUGACCUUCUGGAUUGUCCACUGUGAGACAGAAUUUUGUAUCACCAAAUGGGAAGAGAUUGUGUUUGACAUGGUAGUGGGGAUCAUCUACAUCUUCAGUUGGUUCAAUGUCAAGGAAGGCAGGACACGCUGCAGGCUGUUCAUUUACUAUUUUGUGAUCCUUUUAGAAAACACAGCCUUGAGUGCACUCUGGUACCUCUACAAAGCUCCCCAGAUUGCAGAUGCAUUUGCCAUUCCUGCGCUGUGCGUGGUUUUCAGCAGCUUUUUAACAGGAGUUGUUUUUAUGCUAAUGUACUAUGCCUUCUUCCAUCCCAAUGGGCCCAGAUUUGGGCAGUCACCAAGUUGUGCUUGUGAAGACCCUGCCACCGCCUUCUCUCUGCCUCCAGAAGUGGCCACAAGCACCCUCCGUUCCAUCUCCAACAACCGCAGUGUUGCCAGUGACCGUGAUCAGAAAUUUUCAGAGAGGGAUGGAUGUGUACCUGUGUUUCAGGUGAGACCAACUGCCCCACCCACCCCAUCUUCUCGACCACCACGGAUUGAAGAAUCAGUCAUUAAAAUUGACCUGUUCAGGAACAGGUAUCCAGCAUGGGAGAGACAUGUGUUGGACCGAAGCCUGAGAAAGGCCAUUUUAGCCUUCGAAUCUUCCCCGUCUCCUCCAAGGCUGCAGUACAAAGAUGAUGCCCUUAUUCAGGAGCGGCUGGAAUAUGAAACCACCUUGUAAAACAAAAGGACUUGAACAAGCCACAAUGCCCACAUGAAGGGGUAACAGCAAGGCUGUGGUAAUGAUGACAGUUUGUCCAAGAGUGGGGCAAUGAGCUGCAAUGUUCUUAGUCUGACCAUCAUUAUGGUAUGGUUUGAUCUGUCAGCUGACUACCUGUUGCUGGUUUCCAUUCAGUCCAGCAGUGCUUAGAGUCUCUUACUCCACCUAAAGGAGCCAUGCCAGCUUAGUUUGACUAUUGCUACCAACACCUCCAGCUCUGGCUUGGAGCACAUUCACCAGAGGGUACUACUAAUUAUGGAAAAUGUUGCCUCUAGUCAUUAGGGUGUUUUGAUGGAAUUUACUGAUUUUUGCAUAAAUAUAUUUACACACACACACACACACACACACACACACACUACACAUUAAGAGUCCUCUAUCAAAAGAGCUUAGGUGAUUUCCUUGAUGCAAAACUCUGAUUUUCACAACAAAGAGAGAAUAUAUCCCUCAAGACUCCUGGAAAAAAGUAGUAGUGCUUAGAAAAGUUUUCAUGAAUCAUUUUCUCAUCUGGAAACCAGAUCCCAUCUGUGAAAAAGCCUGCACAAUGGACAGAAACCUCAAGUGUUUACAGAUGCAUUAGCGUUGAUGGAGUGAUUCCUUCUCUACACAUUUCAGGAUUUUUCUUUAGGUUUUUUGGUUGAAAGCGUUCUUUAUGACAGAAAUCCUAUGCAGCACAUGUAUGGCUUUUGAUGAAACCAAGGAGCUCUAUAACUCCAUCAUGUAAAUUAAAUGAAAAUCAUGAUUCAGUAUUCAAUUGCAAAAAUUCAAUUGAUAGCAAAGAGGAAUUGGGGAGGGGCCAAAUGAGAAUCUGAUUCCCAUGUGUGCAUGGUCCAUUGGAACGUACCCACAGAGCAUGUGCCACAGGAGAGGAAGGGGCUGUCACCAGGGCUGUUUCCAAGUACCAAAUAAGAAUGGUAGGCAAAUAUGUUUCGAGAAAAACACAUAACACAUCUUUCUAGUGCCAAACUCUGUCCAACCACAGAACUGACAUGGAAUCUCCCAAAACUGACAAUAAGUGGUGUGGGCCCCCCAAGCAGAUAAGAGAAGAGCAAUCAGGUUCUCUACUCUAAACAAGACUUUCCCGCCUCCAUGCAAGGUCCAAGUGAUGCUUCUUCUAGAGGCUUCAGGACACUUUUUAGUAAGUAUGAGCAUACAGAUGCAGUAUGUCUGCUGUGAGAAAAUCUUCUGAACUACUUGAGGACUUAUCACUCUUUCAGCUAAGAUUUGUAUUUGAAUCAUCUGUAAAGUUGCACUCCUACAAGCUUCUGGGUUUUAAAUACCUCCGUACAGCAAGUAAACGUUCCCGCUUUCUGUUCUCAGUGUCCUUGGUCAUGGUGCUUUUUGUUGCAUUAAAAGUGCCGGUCAAACUUUGAUAGUAUUUUUUAUAGUUGGUGCAGAGUGGAAUAACUCAUGGAUUAUUUCAAUAUUUUUGUAAUAAAAAUAUAGGGUAUAAUAUAGGCAUCAUCACUUUUUUUAUAGACUUGGAAUCAUUUAAAAUACGUCAUAUUCUUUUGGAAUGUCAGAAACUGAUCCACAAAUCCAUCAGCCUGCCACAGCAGAUUGAAUAACACUGGUCUCUUGCAAGGUAACCUUACUUUUUGCAAGUCAGUGCCCCUAGGAACCUGGCCAGGGGUGCUAUUAGACUACCAGAUGAAGAGAGAAACAGCCUAACUAGCAGCUUGUGAAGACUAGCUGAUACUUCCCAGGAAAUCAAAGACGUAAGUGAUUAUUUUCAUCCAUCCAUUAGACUGCCCUGACCACAGUGGAAGAUGUCUUAAACUUCCUUUCCCAGUUUUAUAUUAACUUAAUCGAUAUAUUAAAGAUUAGUCAAGCCACAAAAACUAGGGAAAAAGUCAGUUUCAUUUAAUUAUUCACUUAUUUGGACUGCCCAAUAUACUUAAAAUAGUCAGGUUCUAGAGCCACCACCUGUAAUGGAUAUGUCAUCCAGAGACUGUGGUCUCCAAAAGGACAUCCACAGGCAGUGACAGAGGGCUUGACCUGGGACUUCUUUUGGUACAAAACUCCAAAGCAAUUUUUUAAGACAAUUUUUAUCAGACAUAUUUCCUAGUAUUCAAUGAUCUGGUUCUUCAAGCAAGAUUUCCACUAAAAUAUGCUAAGCUUUGGCUGGGAUGUGGAAAGAUGACCUAGUCACUACUGACGCUCUAGGAAGGCACUCUGCUUGUCAGCACAUCCCAUCCCAAGGUAGGACAGAAACAUAAUCAUUUGGAAAGAUUCUUAACCGGUAUCCAAAACCUUGAGUUAUUAACUUCAUUUGUUCCAAGACAACAUCUAUCUUUGGAAAUUGAACUUCUCAGUCAAACUGUCCUUUUGACUCCACAAGUAAAUAACAGAUCUAAUCCUUCACGCAAGACAAAUGAAGCAGGUGCCUUCGCCCUUCGAUCAUAAACAUCUUGGAACUUACCAAGUUUUACUGGAGGUGACUUGCAGUUAAUUAAUCAACAGACACUUUAAUCUUGCAAAUUCUUGACUCGUAAUAUUGUAAUCAAGCCCCUGCAAGAGAACAUUAAUCAGUUACUGGGAAAGGAGCACUUGGUUCAGCAUUGUACCAUGAUGUGCUCAGGCCUGAUGAAACAGAUCUCUGUGAAGUAGAGCUAAGAGAAUCAUGCUACCCUAUUCCUCAACACAAAUGCCACUGGCAUCCAUCUGCGUCAUUUGUUUUUGCCAGCAAGCACUGUUUUGAGAAAAAUAAGUCAAUAGAUUCCUGGGGGCUAGUAUAGCUCAGAGCAAUGGAUAUAGGUCACAGAGAUGUGCUUCAAGGAGAUUGAAAUCCACUUGUUUGGAAAUGAAAAAAAGUCUCUUCUGUUUAAUAACCGAUCUGAGUACAGUCACUGCUUUUAAUUUACUUCAUUGUCAGCAUUUUAAUAACCAAUGUGUAAAGCUUGAGCUUAUAAAUCAGCUUCAGAGGUUAGAUGCCUGCCUUCCUAAGUAGUGCCAUUACCAGUCCCAAACCAAUAUCCAUUUCUACAUGGAAUCAACUACUCUGUUGCUUCUCAGAUCCCAUAAAACGUGGAUCAUGACCUUAAAGAUGACCAACCCGAUGUUCUUAAUACCUACAUCUUCUCUUAGAAGAAAAUAGGUAGACUCAAUUUGGUUCUUUCCAUUUCUCUUUUCUCAAAUAAAGGUAAGAAUGACGUUGCCGGAGGGUCAGAUAAAGCUUUAGAGUGUGCAAGAGUUUGGCAUCCUUGUGUUCUUAAGUUUUCUAGCUAAUCUUUUCCUAUCAGUUUUAGGAGUUAGCUCUAGAUGAAGGAGUGAAUGUCUUAAAAUGUAUCCAAUAAUCAAUCUGGAAGAAAAAUAAGAGGUUGAAGCAGGGAUCACUCCAUUUCUUAAGUAAUCCCCUUAGCGGUUAUCUCCAAGAGCUUCUGAAUGACAUUCCCAGUUAACAACACUAGUAUCAUGGCAAGUUCUUUAUCAAACUAGCUCUUGACAUAAUCACUAGCACUGAAUGGUAGCAAGGUAGCCUCCUACUGUGACUUUCAAAUACCAGGCAACAAGAACUAGCAAGAUAAAGGAAAUAUUCAUUUCUUAAACUCUGGAACUCUGUAACAUACAAUGAGCAGGACACUCUUCUUUAACAAGCCUCAUAAAUGAGUAUGACCAUGGGAAUGUUGGAUACCAGGACAGAGGAUUUCUACUAAUGUACAGGCCCAAGAAAACCUGUCUAUAGCUUGUCAGGAAGAGUUACCUGUUCGCAGAGCAGACAUAUAAUCUAGCCUCUGCCAUUCCAUAUUCAUGACAAUACACAUCUCCCCUUUUGAAAAGCCAAGGCCUGACUAAAAUGGAGAGUUGGAAGGGAUUUGGGCAGCUUCAUGUUUCAGUCUGGCUCUUCCAAAAAACCUUCCGUCAUGAUGCUUCUCCUUGAUUAUUGAGCCCUAUGUUACUGUGCACACAAGCACUUCUGAUGGAUUACAAAACAAGGCAUUGUAAGUCACUCUUGUUUGUCAAACAUAAAUCAAUUAAGUAUCACUCUUUAAUAGCAAUGAGAUUCAGGGUUACCAUGGCCUUAUUCAUUAUCCCAUUAUAAAUAUAACAUCCAACAAGCUCUGUGUUCAAACUCAUUCAGCCAGGUUUACCAAUAUUAGCCUCUUUGAAAUAUAAUUUGGAUCUGGAUUCAAUCAGUCAACCUAUCUGUGUGUCUAUUCCAAGACUGAGAAAAUAACCCCCGUGAGAGUGAUUUUUCAGAACAAUGGAAACAAACAAACAAAAAAAGAUAGUUAAAUUUUUCUGCCUAGACAAAAAAAAAUUGGACCAUUAAUCACCCUAAAGCUCUGAUUUUUCCUCAUGACUAAGUUUCUUUUCAUUUGUGGACUUUUGAUAUUUGAAUUUUCCAGAUGAUUGCUGAACCAUUUUCAUCAAACCAAAGUAGACACUGAAGAGUUAUUAAGAAGACUAUCCACAUGAAUGCAAAUAUCCCUAUGAAAAGUGAAGCAGUUGGUCAUUCAUGCGGCAAAUUUGGUUCUCAUGAUAUCAAACAUUUGGAAACUAUCUGGAAGCAUCCCAAUAUUUGGAGUGUACGGUUUUCCAUCUGCUUGUCUGGGUAUAGAUAGACAAAUUGCUCAGGUGUUGCAGGUAGUGGAACUUUCUUGCACAGUCGUCUUCUGUUGCUACUAUUACGCUGAUAAAAGUCUCUUUGUUGUGACAAGAGAAAGAAAUAACACAGAGCAAACUUGAUUCAUUUUGAUUUACUUUCUGCAAACUUGUGACUGGAGGAAGUUUGGUGGCUCUGCCUUGGGUGUUCUGGACAUGGCUGUGGGCAACCUCCAUCAGAGUGGUGGUGUGUACAGGCCUUCCACUCCGCUUUUCCAGGCAAGGAAACUUCAUGUUUAGCUUUUACUGUCUUUCCUGUUCUUCAUAAAUCUUAAAUAUCUAAAAAUCCACUGACAGAAUGGCCCAAAGGAAAUACAAAAAUUUUAACUUUUAAUUGUUCAAAUAGAACUUUUACAUGUUCCUUGUUAUAUCUUAGAGUUUAAAAUGUUUAAAUUGUUUGAUACAAUUAUUUCAUGCUGAAUUUUAUGCUGUCUGUAAGAGGGAAAAACAAAGCUAUUUUCCCCAAAUUAAACAAAAUGUCUAACUUUUGGGGCUUGGCUUGUUGAUGUCAUUCCAGUUACCAGUUGCCAACUGGGGAAUCAUGUGUGUUGGAAUGCUAGUGACUUCCCAGUAGUCACUGCUGCAAUUCUAUAGGAGGAAAAAAAAAAAGGUUAGCAUCAAUGGAUGCUCACCUUCCAGAAGGAAAAUUGAGGAUGUUCAUACUGCUCCAUAUUUGUUUCUUCCUUUUAACAUUAGCAAGUUGGUCUUGUCUUGCUGGUCUUGCUCUGGGUAGUGAGCCCUCAAGCUGUGAGCUUACCUCAUAGAUCUGAAGUUCAUCAGAAAAUCAAACGGUUGGGACCAUGUUUCUUUGAAAAGCACUUCUGCUGCAAAGCUUGCUCUGAGGCAUGGAUUCUAGAUGACACUGAGCUCAGAGAGGCAUUCAGCUAUGCAAAUAUCUUGAGGGAUUUCCAAAGACAAUCUAAAUAUUUCCAAGGUCCUUAUGUAGUAUUGUAUUUUGAUUGUGUUAAAGUCUAUAUUAGUGCCAAGAAUGACUUCACAGGAUAGGUGAUGAAGUUCCUUCUUGGGUCCUGCCUCCCCUCUUCUCUUGGAUGCAGAAGUUUCUCUGAACACCCAACUUCACUCAAGUUUCUCUAAACUUCACUCAAGUUUCUCUUAACACCCAAACUUCACUCACAUGCCCUGUGUGUCCAUGCCCCUACCAAUUGUUUUGGACCCAUACCAUGAAGGCACGCUGUGGCUUCAGUCCAGGUGCUGGGAAUAUCUUUAGAAAUACCUGAAGUCUGCGCUGAAACAAUUGGGCUUUUUUUCCUUUUUCUCUGUCAUUUUUAGUCACUACAUCUUUGUACCAAAUUGUUAUAUCUUCAUGUUACUAAGAAGCUGUUAGUUGAUUUUGCAACAAAGAGUUGACAAUUGGCAAUCACAAAAAUAGCUGUUUCUUUUAUUGUCUUUGAUUUUUAGGCCAUUGAUGCAAAAUUAUAGAUUAAUAGAAAAUCAGAAAUCCCUGUGUUGAAUAUUAUGACUGCUUUAAAUAUGCUUAAAUGUACUCUAUGAAACAAUAUCUUUUACAUUAUGGAAUAUAUUCUGUUCUGGGUAGAGGGACAUGAGGGAAUGUGGUCCAGUGAUGGGAGCAAAGGAACUAGGAGUCUACAUAUGCCUGAGUCCUAAUCCCUGGUUCAUCUCUUCCACCUUAGAAACUCAUGUUGGCCUCAAUUUCCCACAUGUGAAGGAGAGAAAAAAUUUAUUUACCUACCUCACAGGGUGUUGUGAAGACUAUGAGGGCUGGUAAAGCACUUUGAAGGUAGAAAGCACGGUCUCUCUUGAUAAGUGCCUGGCUAAUUAUGAAGAGAACUGUAUGUAUCACAAGAGAUGGGCUAAGAAGGGGUGCUGGGGUUGUCUGAGGAACACAGCAGCAACACCUUAACUAAGCAAAGAGUUCACUUAUUCCUCCUUAUUCUCCACUUGUUGUAGGUAAAACUUCUCUUUAAAAGGUCUAGGUAGAAACUUUGAAAUUUAAAGUUAUUUAAAGAGAAAAUUAACUCCUUUCGUAUAGCCAUGGAGGGUCUUGGUAUACAUGGACCACUUUCCUGUAAUCAAACUGAAUUUUGCUUAAUAAAUAAAAUAAUAUAAAUAAAAGUUUAUAAAUGCAUCCACAAAACCUGGCUCCUUCUGACACCUAAGGGGUUUCUGUAGCUGACCCCACUUUUUAGAACUGUAUAUCAUUCCCAGUUCAGCACUGAUGGUGACAAGUGACAUUUUGGAAUCCACUCCUGGGAAGAUCUUUAGCAGAUAUUGUUGAGAUUUGAUUUGGGAUGAUUUAACAAUGUUUACUUUCAUUUCUACCAUGACACACAGAAAGAGGUGAAGCUGUGUUCCUGCUUGUAACUCCUAAGCUGAUCCACCUUCACAUUAUACAUGCAUUUUAAGUAUCUCAGAGAAGUGGUUACACAAGGGCAACAGCAACAUAUUGAUAUUCAUGUACUUACACGGAUAUAAUACACAGAUGUGAAUUCUAUGAAUGGAGAAAACAAAGGAGAUGGUAGAAAAACAUCUUCAGUGAAUAUCCUGUGUAUUUUCUUGCUUUAAUGACUAAAUGUAAUCAGAACUAAAUGCUAAAUGACAUGAUCUGGGCAAUAAAAACAUUUGUAAUAUUUGAGCCAUGAAAGCAGUAUCAUGGAGGAAGAAUACAUCCACAAAAUCACACUAUUGUUGUGGGUAAUAUUCUACUGAUGUGGUUUCAUGCAGCACCCUUAUUUAAUAAUUACAUUCCUUUGCAAAAGAAAUUUGUACACCCUUAAAAACAGGAUUUCAAAGCAUUUCCCUUGAGGAGUGGAUUAUAUACAAUAGUCACAUCCAAUAUAAUCUCUUCUGGAUUCUAAAAUAUAGUUGCCAAUGGAUAUCAAACACUUAAAUUUUCAAACUUCUUAAACAUUUCUAAUGCAUGACAUUGUUUUCCGAAGCAUGACUGCAACCUAGACAAUUAUCUGACGCAUUAAAAAUAUCUAUACUACUACAGUAGACUGUAUGAUAGACUGGUCAUGUAAAUACAGUGAGUAAAAAUUAAUUGACAUCCCUGUCUUUCCCCUGCCCCUUCCUGAUAUUGGUAUUUUUCUAACCAAAAAUGCAAGAGUAUGCCCUUUUAUUAUGAAAAUAAAUGUUUUUAUUUGUUUUUAUAUAGAAAACUGAAGUUGACUACUAGGACUAGAUUCAGGUGGGUUUGCAGAAAGUAAUGGGGAUACCAUGUAAUGGGGAGAUUUUGUCAUAAACAUGUUAGAGCUGGGCAGCUCCUUUAAAUGAUGGUCUAGAUGCUUCAUUGAAAAGAGGAAAGCACAAAUGGCAACAUGUUCUUUAGACAGAAGCCACACAUCUACUUGCUGGAGGAAGGAGAGUUGAGUCUCUUUUCAAGACUUUCCAUUCCACAUGGAACUCUUUAGAGCCUUUCCUGAAAAUAAGACACUGUUAGAAAAACUAGUUUUUAGCAAAGAUACAUGUGAUUAUUCUGCUGUGGACCCAUCACUUGAUACACAUCACAUUUCUGAUGCUUUGUAAAUUGGUUGCCAACCUUCAUGGCUACUUCUGGCUGACAACACUUUAUUCUGUAAACAAGUAAUAAACAAAGAUACACACAGAAAUUCUCUGUCAUUUAAGUGUCUCCUAACUACUUUAUAUCCAACUAUACCACCAACAUAUUGUUUUCCUAAAACUUUUUAAAUGAAUCUUUUGCUCACUUGCUUAUUGAAGUCCCAUCUAAAGCCUUUCUCUGAUACAUGGGGCAAGAUGGGAGAGGACAUAGUUACUGUUGGAUGGGAACCUUGCUUCUACUGAAUAAUUUCUGCUUCUCUUCUUAGUAGCCAGAUAGCUCAACAGCCUCAGUAAAGAUACACUGGUGGACACAGAAAUGCAAUAUCCUGUUCUCAGAAGGAAGAGAGCAAACAGGGACCCAGAAAUGUCUGCCCUUGUUGAAACCAAACAACACGAUGAAAUUAGGGCUGAGACAAAAUAUUGUUAAAGUGAGAGCAAAAUUGUCUCUCCUACUGAUUCUUUGCUGGUUUUUAUUAUUUUCUCCUUUACAGUUAAGAUUGAAGCUUCCAGUAAUGGUAAAUCAUGCUAUUUUAUAUGAUAGUGAAAGAAUUAUUUACGAAGGAGAAGACCAGAAAGCGAACAUUCUCUGUAUUAGCAUUUUACCACAUAGCUUGGGAAAGAGUACUGCUGGUGCUGAUAUUAUGGUUUAACAAAUAGCACCUUGCAAGAAAAUAGCCUUUUGCUCUGCACUAAACUGUUGUGCAAGCUGAACCUGUUUCCAGAUGGCAAGGGGUCUGGCUACUGACACUAGUCCUUCAUUUCCAUGUUAUUUUAAGUUUUAACUUUCACAUCUAACUACCUCAGCUACUGUUGUUUGAUUUAGAAACAUGAAAUAAUUCACUUUGCAAUCAAUAAAUCUCUUCAUUGAAAAUUUCAAAAGAACAUUUGAUCCAAAACAAUUUUCAGAAAUUCGUAAACCGCAUAAGUAACCCAACCCCAGUUGGUUCUGCUUGAUUUGAUUUGUUUCUGAGUGGGGUUUGGGUUUAAAAUCCUUCAUUUCCACUCAACACCAAGAGAGGCUACUCUAUGUUUGCUUACUUUGCCUUAAAAAUUUUUGGCUUCUUUUUCUGUCCAAUUUUGUUAUCUUUUAAAACCUAUGUCUGAAAAAAGUAGCAGAUGGCAGAUGAACACCAAAAAGAAGAGAACAGACCACUGGUUCCUCAGUUCCCUGACUUCAGCUGUCUUUGUGACAUUCUGAUGCACCAUGACCAUUCUCGUGUUUCCCCCUCCAUUUCAGAAAUAAGGUGUGUGCAUAGGGAACAGCGAAGACAUUUCUCCUGGAACAGCACAGUGCCUGGACCCAAAUGAAAACCUUGCCGGUUCUUGUGCUUUUACUUUGUAAACAUUGUACAAAUGUAUUUGGAAUUUUAUUUGAAGCAAAGAAUUAAACAAGUUAUUAAAUUUCUUCCUGUAAAUAUAUAUAUUCUAAUUCCAUGUAUCCAAAUAUUCCUUUAGCAUUCAGAUUGUAAGUGUGUCUUUAUUGGCUGGAGGCUGCUGUUCUGGGCAGUGACUCCAAGUGCUCUAGUUCAAAGCACAGUUUGUGGAGUAUUUGAUGUACUACAGUACUAUAGUUAUUUUGGUCAGUUAAGCAAGUUGCAAUUUGUGAUGAAAAUGAAGUGGAAAGUAGUACUUCAUAAUGAAUAAAUUUCCUUGGUUAUCUGAUUUUUCUUGUAAAACUUAAAAAAAAAAACUUGAAAUUUUAUAUAUUUGGAUUUUGUAGAUUUUUUUUUUA